CGUUGGUUUUCGCUUAGUGACAAAACAAUUUUGAUAACAUUGAAGUGGGCUGUAAGUGGACUUGCGGCAUACAAUUGGGAACAGUUAUUGUAAGUUGGUCAAAGCAAUGAUUGAUAUAUUGCCUAUUUGGAUCAAAUCCGAUGUUUGAGUGUUAAGCAAGAGUGUUUUGCAUAAAUUGAGCUGAAAAAGGAAGGAGAGUUAAUUUAAAUAUCAUAUGUGAUCUACACCGCGGAUAGCAAACAUAAUUGAAACAGCCGGUUAACAAUGUAGCAUAACAUUCUAGCAUUUGCCAGAAGCUAGGCUCAGAAGAACGUGUAACUAAACCAUGGACGACCAAUUAACUGGACAUGGAUUUGAUUUACUGGCAAUUAGAACAUAAGAAAACCAAAUUUGCGACAUACGUGUCUUAAUAAUGGUUCACAGUUACCAAGGGGUGAUAUUUGUGCUCCUAUUGUUAAUUUUUGUAACAAAUCUCAAAGGUAAGUUUUUAAUGAUUUUUAAACAGAGUGUAGUUAAUGUUUUGUUUCCUAAAUAGACUACUUUAAAAGAAUCUGUUCUCGUUAGAGUAUAAUACGACCGGAUGUUUAUAAAUUAUACCUCACUGAACACAUUGUUUCACUCAACUUAGAAGGCCACUAUCAAAAGCAAUCUCUUUGCAUACAAGGGCAAGAAAAAGCUCAGAGAUCCUAACCAUUCCUAUAAAAGUACAGUUUCAACUUUGUAGAUGCCGAAAAGGAAACAGACUAUACUUGAUUAAACAUACAAGAAAUUGCACUCAAGUAUGUUAUGUAAGGCCAUUAUCAAAAACAAUGUCUUUGUUACAAGCGAAUAAAAUAAAACUCAGAUAUCCCAAGGAGUAUAAAAAAUAGAGCAAGGUCGCAAUUGUUAAGAAGGUGUGAAUGAAAGGAAAUAGAUUCUACUUGACUAAACCAACAAGAAUUUGUAGCCAAAUUUGUGCCCGUUAGCAUACAGUGACAAUGUCAUUAUUACAAGAACAAAAGAAAACUCAGAUAUUCCGACGAUAUAAGAAAAUUAAAUAGAGCAAAGUUCCAACUGUUUAAUAAAAAGGAAAUAGAUUCUACUUGACUCAACAACCAACAAGAAUCCGUGUACUCAAUUUUGUGCCCCUUUAGUAGUGGCAAUGUCAUUAUUACAAGAACAAAAGAAAACUCAGAUAUUCCGACGAUAUAAGAAAAUUAAAUAGAGCAAAGUUCCAACUGUUUAAUGAAAAGGAAAUAGAUUCUACUUGACUCAACAACCAACAAGAAUCCGUGUACUCAAUUUUGUGCCCCGUUAGUAGUGGCAAUGUCAUUAUUACAAGAACAAAAGAAAACUCAGAUAUUCCGACGAUAUAAAAAAUAGAGCAAUGACGUUGCAAAAAAGCUUUGUAGCCAAAUUUUUGCCCCAUUAUUAGUGACAAUGUCUUUAUAUAUUUAUACUGAUAUAAAAAAAAUUUAUAUUCUAUACAACCAAAUAUUCAUGUCUUAGAAAUUAUGUCUCGAUCGUGGGGGGUUGAGUGUAAGUAAUAUUCUUCAAUAAGCUGCCGUUUGUGUUUAUAAUAUAAUUUGUGUUUGAACCACCACAAAAAGACUUGUAACACUUCGGCAAACGUCUUUCGCUCAAAACGUGAACGUGUACUUAAUUUUUUAAGGUAGUUCUGACACAAAGCACGGCACGCAGCUUAUUGUUUAAAAAAAUCACUCUCUUCCUGUUUAUCGCGCGCAUAAGUGUUUGCCAAAGAUCGGGUGUCUAUUAGUCCAAUAUUGAAGAUAUUGAUAUUGCAGUUUGACUGUCUCGAGAACUGGAUCAAUAAAGAAAAAAAUUACUAGACCCCCAGGAAGAAGAGUUUAGAAGUGAUAAAGAUAUCCGGUAUAAAUAAAGUUAGUUUAGCUUAUGUUACCUCCUGCAAUUCCGUUGUCUUAAUAUAGGCUGGCCCUUAUCGAAUAUCUAAGGAGAACAACUUAGAACUGACAGAGCUAUCAUGCAGUAUAAAGUCAUCCGCCACAUGUGCGCCACUAUCCGCGACCACCAGUGCAUAUCCGCAACCCGCAUUUUUAUAAUCGUAAAAACAUUGUGUGAAGUCAUGAUCAACUGGCAUGACCAAAGGGCCGAAUGUAGUAUUGCACGAUCAUUAAACGUAAUUGGUAUUAAUGACUCCAGAAUGAUUAAGGAUCCCGCAUGUCGUAUAUUGCAUGCAAUAUUUAAAAAAAUGUUCUAUCUCAAGAACUGGAUCGAUAAGGAAAAAAUUUAUGUUAACAAUUUAUGUUAAGAUCCUUCAAUGCAACGAUCUUUAUUUCAUUGCGAUAGCUUUUAUAGCUUUUACGUUACAUGAAAUCAAACAGCUUUAUUCCUAUUUAGUUAUUCCAAAGCAUCUUUAUUCCUAUUUAGUUUCGUACCACAAGAUGUGGCACUUAUCAGCCUAAAUUAGCCUAAAGCAUGAUCUAUUGGCACUUAAAGAAUUGCAUAAAAUCCAACAAUUACUACAUUCAAAACUAUUUCUGAUAUUAUUUUUAUUUACGAUUGACGAAAUAUUUACGUUCCUAAAUAUUUAGAAACAGAAUCAAGUGAACAAAAUGACAAGGGAACAGAAGAGACGGUGGGAAAAGAUGGCGGGUCAUCGCCUGAAGAUAGCGGCAGUGGGAAAAUAGAAGAUAAUGCAGGAGAAGAUGAAGCUGGAAGUGGAAACACAACGGCUAGUUCAAGACAGGAUGAGACAGGAACAGACGAACAGAAGGAACAGGAUGAGAAUACAAAAGAAGAGGAAAGUGGGAGUGAAGAACCAACGGAAGAGAUCGCUGUUGAAAGAACAGCACUUGAUGAAACUAGAAACGAAAAUGGAACAGUAAGUGAUAGUGAAGACGAAAACGAAGAGACGAAGGAACAUGAUGAGAACACAAAAGAUACUGAAGACAGCGAACAACCAACGGAAGAACUCAGCGAUGAAGAGACAUUCCUUAAUAAAACAUUGCUUGAUGAAACAAGAAAUGAAAAUGCAACAUUAAGUGGUAAUGAAGACGAAAAAAAAGAGGAGACGAAGGAACAAAAUGAGAAUACAAAGGAUGAUGAGGACAGUGACAGCGAAGAGCCGACGGAAGAAAUCAGCGAUGAAGAAACAACACUAAAUAAAACAUCAGUUGGCAAAACUAGAAACGAAAAUGGAACAUCAAGUGAUAGUAAGGACGACAAAGACGAGACGAAGAAACAAAAUGAAGACGAUGAAGAAAGCGGGAGUGAACAGCCAACGGAAGAAAUGAGGGAUGAAGAAACAUCGUUUAAUAAAACAUCAUUUGAUGAAAUAAGAAACGAAAAUGGAACAUUAAGUGAUAGCGAAGACGAACAAGAUGAAACGAAGGUACAAGAUGAGAAUAGAAAGGAUGAUGAGGACAGUGACGAACCAACGAAGGAAAUCAACGUUGAAGAAACAUCGCUUAAUACAACAUCACUUGAUGAAACUGGAAGCGGAAAUGCAACAAUAAGUGAUAGUGAAGUCAAGAAAGAAGAGACGAUGGAACAAGAUGAAGAUGAUAAAGAAAGCGGGAGUGAACAGCCAACGGAAAUGAGGGAUGAAGAAACAUCGUUUAAUAAAACAUCAUUUGAUGAAACAAGAAACGAAAAUGGAACAUUAAGUGAUAGUGAAGACGAAGACGAGCCAACUCCAGUUGGUCAAGGUAAAAACACAACAUUAACAGAUAGACGACAUGAAAAGGAAGCGAAAGAAAGAAAGGGGAAAAGUGGCAGUAAGAAGGUUGGGAGUGAAAGCACGGAUGAUACAAAUUCGACUGAAGAGAUGCAUCAUGAGGGGACAUCACUUGAUAGAAGCAGAAAUGAAAAUGCAACGAUAAUCACCAGUCAGCAAGAAAAGAAAACAUCAGCACGUAAGUCACUGGAAAGUAAAAAAGAUGAUGGGUCAGGUGAAGAUGAUAAACUUUCCAAGAAAGGAAAGCAGAAGAAUGAGAAACAGAAAGAGGACGGGAGUGAGGAAGAUUCAGAGGAUGGAGAGGAAGACGAAGGCAAACAAGAUGAGGUUAAAAAAGGGAGCAAAAAGGCGAAGAAGAAAGGCAAGAGCGAUGAUGAUGAUGAAGAUGGUGAUGAAAGUGAAGAUAAAAAAGGGAGCAAAAGGGACAAGGAUAAAACGCAGGAUGAUGAUGAAGAUGGCGAAGGUGGAGAUGACAAAGGCAAAAAAGGGAGCAAAAAGGCGAAGAAGAAAAGCAAGAGUGAUGAUGGUGAUGAUGAUGAUGAUGAUGAUGAAAGUGAAGAUAAAAAAGGGAGCAAAAGGGACAAGGAUAAAACGCAGGAUGAUGAUGACGAUGGCGAAGAUGGAGAUGACAAAGGCAAAAAAUGGAGAAAAAAGGCGAAGAAGAAAAGCAAGAGUGAUGAUGGUGAUGAUGAUAAUGAUGAUGAAGAUGAUGAUGAAGGUGAGGAUAAAGGGAGCAAAAGGGACAAGGAUAAAACGCAGGAUGAUGAUGAAGAUGGCGAAGGUGGAGAUGACAAAGGCAAAAAAGAGAGCAAAAAGGCGAAGAAGAAAAGCAAGAGUGAUGAUGGUGAUGAUGAUGAUGAUGAUGAUGAUGAUGAAGGUGAGGAUAAAAAAGGGAGCAAAAGGGACAAGGAUAAAACGCAGGAUGAUCAUGAAGAUGGCGAAGGUGGAGAUGACAAAGGCAAAAAAUGGAGCAAAAAAGCGAAGAAGAAAGGCAAGAGCGACAAGGACGAUGAUGGUGAAGAUGGAGAUGACGAGAAAACGCCUGUAGGAUCCGGUAAAGAAGAUGAUAAUGACAAAGAUUCAAAGAGUGACAAAAACGGGAAAGGAAAGAAAGGCAAGAAAGACGACGAUGAAGACGACAAGGGUGAGGGUAAAGGCAAAGAUAAAAAAGAUAAGAAGAACAAGGAUGAUGAAGAAGGAUCCGGUAAAAAAAACAAAAAUAAGAAGAAAAAGAAAUCCAAAAAUAAGAAGGAAGGCUCGGGUGAUGAUGGAAAAGAUCUUGAUGAAAGGGAGGAUAAGAAGAACAAGGAUGAUAAAGAAGGAUCAGGGGAAGAACCCAAAAAUAAGAAGAAAAAGAAAUCCAAAAAUAAGAAGGAAGGCUCGGGUGAUGAUGAAAAGGAGGAUAAGAAGAACAAGGAUGAUAAAGAAGGAUCAGGGAAAGAACCCAAAAAUAAGAAGAAACCGAAAUCGAAAAAUAAGAAAGAUAAGGACGGUUCGGGUGAUGACGAUAAAGAUCUUGAUAAAAAGAAGAACAAGAAUGAUAAAGAAUCCGGUAAGGAACCCAAAGAUCAGAAGAAACCGAAACCUGAUGAUAAGAAGGACGGUUCGGGGGAUGAUGGAAAAUAUCUUGAUGAAAAGAAAGAUAAGAAGGACAAGGAUGAUAAAGAAGGAUCUGGAAAAGAACCCAAAAAUAAGAGACCGAAAUCGAAGGAAGGUUCGGGUGAUGAUUCAGGUGAUGGUUCGGGUGAUAAAGAUUGUGGCAGUGCGCGAGAAGGAUCCGGGCAAAAAGAUGAGAAGAAGGAAUGUUCAGGUAAUGAUACACAACCAACAGAGACGACGGCAACAGAAAAGAAGCCAACAGAUGAGGAUACAAGUGAUGAUGAUGAAGACGAGGGUGCAACGGAUUAUAUGAUGGAUGAGAAACAAAAGAAUGGUAAUAAAAAUUUCGAAUUUCUAUACAGCAUAACAUAUCAGUGUUGUUAUCAAAUAAUUAUACAAGUUAAAUACUAUUAAGCUAAAUGCAUGCGAUUAAAACUUUCAUCUAAAAAUUGUCUGAAUAAAAUCCUAGACUCAAGUUUUUCAGCUGAUAAUAUAGAAGUUCAUUUUGCUGCCAUGAAAUUAUAACUCUUACGUACAAACUCUGUCCUAUUGAUGGAAUGUGUAAACCUACACAAUGUGACAGUGUUAUGAUUUUUCAUGUGGUUCUUUAGUGUAAUUGCUAUGAUAACUUAACGUAUAACUUCUUAUUGCUCUAAUGUUCCGUUUUAGAGAAGGCAAAAGAGAAUUUGCUGGAAAAGGGAAAAACGAUUGAUGCGAAGAAUAAAACACAAAUACAGGUCUGUCUUACGCUGACGGCUCAGAGCAUUUUUUGUCACUUUACUAACACUGUUAUCGUGAAUAUCACUAGCAUCAUCGCCACGUGGUUGUGGUGUUGAACUCAAGUGUUUAUGCUGAUAUCACUCUGAGUGUCUCCACACCGAGCAAGCUGAAAAGUAGCUUGACCAAAGUGGGAACCGAACCCGCGACCUUUGCCGAACCAUCGAUCGCCAUGUUUUCGCCGCGCAAGCAAAAUUAUUAUGUAAUUAUAUUUAUUGUUAUUUUAUUGUCUUUCUCUGGAAUAAUCUCUCUCCCACCAUUCGUAAUAGUUCAUCGGUUUCCUCCUUUAAAAACAGACUAACUGUUCAUUACUCUUCUCUACUUCAUUCAUCUUUCGAUGUAAACAGAAUGCGCACUUGGAAAACCUUCUGUUCUAAGUGCCGCUCUUUCAACUUAAGCUGUUGUUCGUAAUUCGUCAUGUUUUCUGUAAAUUUUAUAUUUGUUAUCGUCUUUGAUUUAUGUUUGUUAUAGUUUGUUUUCAUUAAGGUUGGUCUUCAUAUGGGGCUAUUCAUGUCCUGUUGACCAUACCUUCAACCAUAUUAUGUAGUUUUUUAGUCUAUUUUAUGUAUGGUUGUAAAGUUAAUAAAUAAAUAAAUAAAUAAAUAAAUAAAAUCAAAAACUAAGAUAAUGCUUCCACUUUGAAAUGUAAAAUUUCCAUUAAAUUUCGACUUCUCACGAACUUGCCGAAGCUGGAAAUUUUCUGUCGGAGCCGGAGUUUUUCAGUUCCCGGAGCCGGAGUUCCUUUGGCCGGAGGUGAAAACCCAGAGUUUGCACAGCACUAGUACUAGUUACACCAGUAAGAAUCGUACCUGCUAACUAUUGUACUGUAAUAAUUUCGAAAUAAUCUUCAUUUCUUACCUCAUUUCAUUUCGUCUUGUUUACAGACUGUCUUGGCAUCAUUCAAGGAAAUUCUUUCUGGCGAUAAAUCUGAUGCAUCGGAACCUAGCAAGGUAAUAUAAAAUUGAAAUACAAAUAUAUAAAAAGCUUAACCACAAUGAUGAAAAAAAUCUUGUCGAGCAUUGUGUUAUCAGGGUCGUAACUACUGGGUGGGGUGGAUGGGGGUGUAACACUCCCAAAGAAAAGUCAAGGAAAAGGGCCCAAUUUCCCCAGAGGGGGCCCAAAAUGCUGGAAUUGCGGAACGUGUUAAAUAAUACGGAAAAUUGUGAAAAAAUCUAACAUAAUUUACAUACUGGGUAGCUCUACAUGACCCUGGUUUUGCUUAUCUUUUUAAGUUGGAAGAUGAUAUAUUGGCAGUGAAGUUAAUCGAAAAUGUUGGCAAGACAAUUGCAUCUCAAUUGAAACCAACACCACGAAAGCCUGCAAGCGUAGGGCAGAUUAACGACGAUCAAGGUAAAAUAUAUAUGGAUAAAUUUCCAACAUGGGGUGGAGUAUAACCCACGUUUAAGAUAUCUUUUUCAGGUAGUCCAGACACAAACCACGACAGCUUAUUGUAGAAUACUACCUACACUGGACUACCGCGUUUGAGAUAUAUAUUUUUAGGUAGUUCAGCCACAAACCACAACAGCUUGUUGCAGAAUACUAUCUACACUGGACCACCACGUUUGAGAUAUCUUUUCCAGGUAGUUCAGACACAAACCACAACAGCUUAUUGUAGAAUACUACCUACACUGGAACCCCACGUUUGAGAUAUAUUGUCCAUGUAGUUCAGACACAAAUCACGACAGCGUAUUGUAGAAUACUACCUGCAUUGGACAACCACGUUUGAGAUAUCUUUUCAGAUAGUUCAGACACAAAGCACGACCGCUUAUUGCAAAAUACAUGAAGACGCCUUCGAACUAAUAACUAAAAUUAAUAUUUUUUCUUAGUGUUUGGUGUGGUCGCGAUGAAUGGCCAGAAUAAGUCCGAAUUUAGCUUCCCAGAUAUGAUAGAGGGUUUCAUGAAUGUUUCGUCAUUUCCCGCCAGGAUACAACUACCAUCAGCUGUACUGAACAGUAACACAAGUAAGGAGAUAAUACAGGGAAUGUUGAUUGUCUCCGCAAGGAGGUUUUGGUGUCGUCUGCGUUUGUAUGUCCGCAUAUGUUUUUGCUCUCUGUUUUAACUUCAAUCUGGUUUACAGUUUACACCAUCAAAGUCUCUGUGAUAUCGAGUAUGCAUGGCCAACAUCUUGACAAUUACCCAAUCAAGCAUAUAUAGUUCUUCAAAACUAAUCCAUAUGACAUGAACAACUUGUUAUUCUCUAGGUGGUAAUCUAAGUUUGGUGUUCAUGAUCUACACGGCAUCGUCACAAAUGAAGUCGCAAACAGGAGAUGAAAGUUUUAGUGUUACUGGGAAAGUUGUGCUUGUGUCAAUCUUUCCAAAACCGAAGUCCCCAUUUCAAAAACCCGUGGUGAUUACUAUUCAAAAUCUGCACAUGGUAAGAAUGAUCGCAAUCAAUCAAUUAACUAAUCAAUAGAUGGAUCGAUAAACCGAUCACCGAAAUAUAUACAAUCAGGUAUCAAAUAAUCAGUCAAUAAGUUAAUGCAUUUACAUUCCUUUCAAAAGGUUUCAGUACAGAAUUCCUCCUUAAAACAAGUUUGUGUGUUCUUAAUGGAAAACUCUUCCACGUAAGUGAAAAUGUGUCGAUAAUUUAUCAUUGUAGAAAACCCCUAGGGCCGGUUAUUCAAAGCUGGACUAGCACUUAACCCUCGGUUAGAAUUUAACCUGCUGUUUCACUUGAUGCAUGUAUUUCUACACGUCUGUUUAUUUCAAAACUUCAGAGAAGAAAACUCCUACUGAUCCAGAUAAGAUCUCUGAAGAAAUAUUUCCAAAUUUAUAAACAACUUGUUACGAAGUUUGCUUUGAAUUUUAGAUUAACCUAGGGUUAUAAGCUAAUGGGCUUUCAAACACCCAAUUCACCUCCCUUUAACCCAUUUCCACUCAAGAAAAAUUUCCACGGACAGAAAAAUGUUCCGGAAAAUUUGUGUCGUUCAAUCAAUUUCCUGAGUGGAAAUGGACCUUUAUUUGUGAGGUCAUAUGACAUUUCUCUAUUUCAAUCUUUGUAGUCAAAACACAAGUCGAUUUGGUGUCUGGUCAAAGCAAGGAUGUGAAUUAGCUUACAGGAACAGCUCUCAUUCAGUAUGCCAUUGCUAUCAUUUGACAAACUUUGCCAUACUAACGCGAUUCUCAGCACGAAAGGUGAGAAAAACUAAACUUUAAAAGUACUGGAUAAACUAGGAAACAUUGUUGUGGAAACAUUUGUGAUUCUUGAUGUUUCCCCAAAUGUUUCCCUGUUUGCCCACCCGUGGAAACAUUGUUGCGGAAACAAAAUUUGCCUCCCGAGAAGCAAAAAUCUUUCCUAUAGCAAAUCAGAAACAUUUGAUGUUUCCCUAUGUUUCUCACUAAUGUUUCCUAGUGUUUGCCCACUCUGGUAAACAUGGCGAAACAUGGGCAGGAAACAAUGUUUCCGCAACAAUGUUUCCUAGUUUGCCCAGGGCUUAUUUAGAGCGACCCUUGUUGGUUGAAAUUAUUAUUAAACCUUAUAUAUUUUAUUGGCAGAUCCCAAGGAAACAUGAAUUACCUCUGAGUAUAGUAACAUACAUCGGUCUAUCGUUGUCAAUCUUUGGAUGCUUGGCUACAUUAAUCGUACAUCUCAUGCUUCCGUGAGUAAUGAUAAAAUUUUCACAGUAUGGUAAAACAUUUUAUAAUUUCGUACAGUCUGUGCUAGUGUAGGUAGCGACGAUACGGAGUUUAAGAUGCCGACAACGAACAACGGGUACGGAGAACGGUUGAAAGCUUGUUUUCGUAUUGCUUUAACAGAGGCAGACAAAAUUUACAUAUCCCCAGAGCAUACUUUUCACCGUAUAACGGCCUUGGCUACAACGUAAAAAUCACAUUCUUGUGUUGUAAAACUGAAUCAAGAACAUAGCAACGAAACUGACUACGCAACGUUGCAGGUUGGAGAGUAUUUUUAUAAAGAAAAGAUGAAAAUUAAAAGAUGAAACACAAAGCCAGCACACAUAAAACGUAUUUGGGAUAAAUUUAUUAUGAUAAGCAUUUAGUAUUUGCAUACUUAUAACAAAAACUAUUUCAAACGUAGUCGGAGUCCGUCGUCAAGAUCUUAAACUCCCUAAUAACAAGAAAGAUACAACUACGGACUACCUUGUAUCUUGCAAUAUACAGCUGUCUAAAAAUCAUAUCUACGUUGUGUUUUACACUCUGCAUUUGUUUUUUCUUCAUGUCUUGCAGGAAACUUUGGACGGACAGGGCUUUCAUUCACAUGAACUUAGUGACUGCUUUGGGUGUUGCAAAUUUCGUUUUUCUCUUUCAAAAAGUGCCCGAUGUGGGUUCGGUAAGUGUUGGUUUAUUGGAGGGAAGGAAAGGAAUGAAGAAAGGAAAGAAGGAAGUAAUGUAAUUGGAAAAGGAGGGAAGGAAAGGAAAGAAAGAAAAGAAGGAAGGAAUGUAAUUGGAAAAGGAGGGAAGGGAAGGAAAGAAAGAAAAGAAGGAAGGAAAUAAUGUAAUUGGAAAAGGAGGAAAGGAAGGAAGGAAUGUAAUUGGAAAAGGAGGGAAGGAAAGGAAUGGAAGGAAAGAUGGACGACAGGGGAAAAGGGAGGAGGAGGUGAGAAGAGGAAAAGCAGGACAGAAAUAAGAAAGAAAAAAAAGGAAGUAAAAAGGAAGUAAAAAGCAAGAAUAAAGCAAGAAGGGGGGAUUAGUUGGAAAAAGAAAGGGAAAGAACAGGAAAGCACGAAUUAUCAAAAUAAGAAGAAAUAAAGAUUAUUUCCAAGUCAUUCGAAACUGUUAGUGAAUUUUAACGGAAACAUAUCGUCAUUCGAAAGUGUUAUAGUUAUUUUUAUCUCUUGUCUUCUAUCUCUUCUAGGCUGGUUGUAAAACACUGGCAGUGGUCCUGCUCUACUUCUACUUGGCUGCUUUUUCCUGGAUGAUGUUGGAAGGCAUUCACAUUUAUCGAAAGCUUGUUCAAGUGUUUGAAUCAGGAAAAGAUCCCAGGAAAUCUUACUUUGUGGCUGGUUGGGGUAAGAUUAAAAAUAGACUCACUGGAAAAAAAUAGUGAAAUUCAUACGCGAUUUCCACUAAAUCCAUGGUAUACCCAUACUGGUAGAAGCGUAACCAGGAUUAUUCAUGUUAAUAGUUUAGACGUUCUCUGGUUUUUAAAGAUUUAUUAAACGAGCUUUCGACUGCCAGUCUGCAGUCUUCGACGGGCAAGUGAUAAUGAGCAUAUGUAAUGAGUUACAUGGAAAAAACACUGGUUUACAAUUACAUACACAAACAAUUAAACAGUUCCGCCUACAUGAUAAAUAUGAUAAUUAUGACAAGAAGAAUAGAUUAAACUGUUCAAGAUUUUAUUAUAUAGAAGAAACCGGUAUUGUUCAGACAAAUGUUUCGAGUUAUUAUCAGCAUUAGUUGUAAUAGCAGUGCAAACUUUCAAGGGUUGAUCUAUGCAUGACGGUAGUUUCCUUUGUAGACUGCGAGCGGUCCCUCCUUUCCGCGAGCUUUGUCGAUAUAAUUUUACUGUUUCCAAAAUCUACCUUAUGGUCAUUUGUCCAAGGCUCCAAGCAUGUUUAGCGAUGUUAGACCCGUCCUUAAAUGGCUUAACAUUUCUUACAUGUUCCUUCUGACAUAUUCCUCGAAAGCUCGUUUAAUAAAUCUUUACAAACCAGAGAACGUCUAAACUAUUAAUAUACUGUAUAUCCAUAUUAUUUCCAUGCUAUAUCCAUAGUAUAAAAAUUGCAAUUUGGAUUUCCAUACUAUUUUCAACUAUAAGAUCAAUGCUAUUUCCAUAGUAGGAUUUUGAAAAAAAUUUGCAGUGCAUGAUACUGUUCUAUUGCGCAGAGUAAAUAUUUCAAGCAUUAGGUCCGGUAUAUAGUUUGAAUUUUUGGUUGCUUAUCAAAGUGCCCACAGUAAUUGGCAUAUGCUGUUGUGGUGACCCUGCCCUAGUUGGCAAAGCUAAAUAAAUUAAAUUAAAUUAAAGUAUCUCAGUAGGCUUAAAUAUACACUCUGAAAGAUGCUAUAAUCCUCACUUUUCAUACUUUUCAGGACUUCCCAUGCUACUGGUUAUGACAACUAUAGCAAUAUUUAGAGACGAUGUUACUUCUGAAUAUUAGU